CACCAGGAAGCUGUUAAAGUGACACCAGCAGGUAAGAGCUCCACCCUGCAGAGCCGCACACGUCGACCUCUGCUCACCUGAACAGUCUGACCAUGAGGUGGCGCUCUCCUCGUCCUCUUCUCCUCUUCCUCUCCUCCUUCUUCGUCCUGUCGGUCGGAGCAGCAACAGAUGAUGCAGGAUUCAGGAUCUGCGCCUACAACGUGCAGAAAUACAACGCCACGAAAGCAAAAGACUACAGAGUGAGACACACACUGACACGGAUUGUGUCUCGCUGUGACAUCACUCUCCUGCAGGAGGUGAUGAGUCCUGAAGCAGUCCGACCUCUGCUGGCGUCUCUCAACAGGGAAUCUGACAGGUAUGACGAGUAUGAGUACCAGUCAGUGUCCAGUAAGAGUCUGGGAAACUCUCCCAAAGACAUGCAGCAGUACGUUUUCAUCUACAGGGCGGACAGGGUCAAUGUGACGGGUCAGCAUCAGUACCAGAAAAAAGAGUCCUUCGUCAGGGAGCCGUUCGCCGUUCAUUUCCAAAGCGACAAAACCGCAAUCAAGCAUUUUAUUUUGGUGCCUCUGCACACGGAGCCCAGGCAGGCCGUCCAGGAGAUCGACCGACUGUACGACGUGUUUGUGGAAGUCAGCAAGAAGUGGAACAACACGAAUGUGAUGUUUCUGGGAGAUUUCCAUGCCAGCUGCGCCUACAUGACCCGAGCCAACAGGAAAAACAUCCGACUGUUCUCCAAGCCGGGAUUCUCGUGGCUGAUCGGAGACAAAGUGGACACGACUGUCUCUGACAUGACGUCCUGUGCCUACGACAGGAUCGUGGUGCAUGGGACUCCCUUCCUGAAGGCGAUCCAGCCAUUUUCUGCAAAAGUCUACAACUUUGCCAAAGAGUUCAAACUCACCAAGGCCAAGGCGCUGGCGAUAAGUGACCACCUACCUGUGGAGGUGAGACUAAAGAGCUCCGCCCCUCUCCUUCAGGCCACGCCCCUCCUGAUCCUCCUCAGUGUCUCUGCGAUCGUCCAACACUUCCUGUCUGCUCUGUAGGUGUAAACAUUGACCUGUAAUAAUCUGAUUACAUGGAUCACCUGUGAAAGUAACUAAGUACAUUUACUCAAGUACUGUAGUUGAGUACAGUUUGAGGUACUUGUGUUUUUAUUCUCCUGUAUACUUCUACUCCGCUAACACAAAUUAUUUUUAUGAAAUAUAAAUUCAGUAAAUCAGAAACAUUUUCCGAUUUUCUGUCUCUGAAAACUUCUGGAGCCAUUUAGAAUAUGCCAGAAACUUAAAUAUUUUUAUUUUGAGCAGAAACAAUGAAAGCGGUAAUGAUGGUAACGGUCUCAUUUAAUUAGUGUUCAUUAAUUCUAAGCAGUCAUUUUCUAAUUAUGAGCAGUAACUCUGGUCUAAAAAGAAUCGUCCAGAAACAAAGUUUCAUUCAGCAUCGAUCCACAUGUCCUUAUUGAAUGUAUGUUCUGUGUAUGGAUUUUAAUACUGCGUUACUGAACUGUGUGGAUGUUUGAGUCUUGUUGUUUUUAGAGUUUUUUUCAGAAUCAUGUAAAUAUUCAGAA